AUUUUACAAUGGGAGGAUCUAAGUCAAAAGCAAUAAAGAAACAUGCAAAAGUUGCAUUUACAGAUUCUGAACUUGAAAUUUUGGAAGUCUAUUUUGAAUUAUUGAAAUGUCAUGAUUAAAUGUACAAAUUCAAUACAAUAUGAUCAAAAUAGAAACGGAUAUUUGACAUAAAAAUCAAUGGUCCAAGAAUUUCCUGAAAACCCUGAUUUCUCAAUUAAACUAUAUAAUUGGAUGAGAGAACGAUGCAAGAAUUAACAGAUAGAUUAUACAAAUUUUGUAAUCACGUGUAUUGAAUUAAAAUUAAUAUUAAGUGGAGCUUCUAUUAAAAGAUUAAUAGGAAUAUUAUUUAAGUGAUUACAAAUUUAGAGUUCUAGAGAAAUUUGAGUUAUUUGCAUUAAUAAGUUUAGGAUGUUUAGAAAAUGAGAAGGAAGCAAUUAAUAGGUAUUCAAUAUUAAAUAAAUUAAGAUUCCAAGUAAGUUACUCUUAAGGUAGUACAGUGAUUAAAGAACUUUUGAAUAUGUAUUAUUUUAACAAGGAAGUGACUAAUAGCUAAAGAAAUGAUUUGGCAGCUCGAAGUGUUGCAAAUUCUAUUUUUGAUUAAAAAGCAUCAUUACCAUUUAAUUAAUUUAUUGGAUAAGCCAAAUAGUAACUAAUUUAUGCUAAUAAAAUGUGCAAAUUGUAUUUUACUAAGAAAUUUAUUUAACCUCAUCUUAAAUAUGGAAUUCCAACUUUAACAUCUUCAAGUUUUAUUUUAAAUGAUAAAAUACUUGCAUUAUUACAAAUGAGUUCUCCAGACUUUAACAGAAUAAAAUAACUAGAUCUUAAAUUCUCAUCAUCAGUAGGAUAUGAUGAUUUAGAACAUAUUACUGAGAUAAUAAUUGAAUCCCAAUAACCAUUGUUAUUUAUUUUUAGAAAUAGGGAAGAUGAAACAUAAAAUGAUAGUUUCCAACAAUAAAUCUUUGGAGCUUACAUUAGUAUUGAUUAAACAAUAGAGACUCAUUUUAUUAGAAAAUAAUAGAAAGAUCCUAUGGGUAAUGUUUAUAAUUAUUAUUAUAUAGGAAUCCUCUAUAAUCCUAAUGAUUAAGUAUCCCUUUAUUUUGGAGAUGAGAAAAGCUUUCUCUUUUCUUUAUAACCUAAAUAUCAAUUAUUUAUGAGUACAUUUGAUAUGAAAUCAAAAUAAUGCUUUGCUUAUAUAAAUAGUAGAGCUUUUAAUUUGAAAGUGCCAUAACCCUAUGGAUUAGGUUUUGGAGGAGAUGGAAAAGGAAAUUUUAGAAUUUGGAUUGAUGAAAAUUUGAAAGGAAAUGCAACAAAUCGCAUAAAUAAUUCAUGUGAUUAAACUUAUGAAAUGGGUUAUUUAUUAGAACCUCAUAUUGAGUUUUUAAAUGUAUAUAUUUAUUUUUAAGUUAGUUAACUUCAAUUGAGAUUUGGGGGGUUUUAUUCGAAGAAAAAGAAACUAGAAAUUCUAGUCAAAAUAAAUUCAGAAAUUGA